GGCAGUGUUGGAGUGCGCAGGAAAAUGUGAGUCACGGCCGCGGGCGCCACGGGGCCGGUGGCACAAAGCUGUGCUGCGGGGACACUUCAGGGAUUCAGCAUGGUGCUGGGCUCUGUAGGGCCAUGGCAGAGCCGGAGGAGGAUGAGGAGGACAACGCGGCAGCUUUGGAGCAGCUGAUGGCGCAGGCGGGCCGGGCACUGCAGUGGCAGGAGCUGGAGGAGCAGUUCUGCGUGCUGGCCGAGCUGGGCAGUGGCACCUAUGGCCAUGUGGUGCUCACUGAGCCUCGGGAUGGUGGCUCACCAGUGGUCCUCAAGCUGAUGUUGAAGGAACGGACAGAGCGACGGGCAUUCCUGCGGGAGUAUUGCAUAGCCCGGUGCCUCUCUGGUCAUGCUGCCUGCAUCCAUGCCCUGCCCCUUGCCUUUGAGAAUUCCACACAUUUUGCCUUUGGGCAGGAGCUGGCUCCCGCUGGGGACUUGUGCAACCUUCUCACACCAGGGGAGGGUCUGCCUGAAGUGCUGGUAAAGCGCUGUGCCUCUCAGCUGGCCGAGGCACUGGAUUUCAUGCACAGCCGGGCCCUGGUGCACCGGGAUGUCAAGCUGGACAACGUACUGCUCUUCGACCACGAGUGCCGUCGUGUGAAGCUGGCUGACUUUGGGCUCACCCGCCUGCAGGGUUCGGAAAUUGGUGCCAUGUCUGGUGCGCUGCCCUACGCCCCGCCGGAGCUCUGCUUGCUGCAGGGCUCUGACACACUGGAGCUGGACUCCAGCCUGGAUGUUUGGGCUUUUGCCGUGCUGCUCUUCUGCCUCUGCACUGGCUGCUUCCCAUGGGCUGUAGCUGCCAGCCCUGACCCCCAGUUUGAGGCCUUCAGUGCUUGGCAGGGUGACACAGUGGGCCGGGGGGCACCGGAGUCUUGGGGUGGCUUUGAGUGUGGGGCACAGGAGAUGCUGCAGCGCCUGCUGCGGCUUGACCCUGACCGCCGCAGCCCAGCCAUCGAGGUGCGCAAGUACCUGGCCCUGCCCUGGCUGAGAGCACCCAGAAGUAGGGAUCGGACCGAUGGCACUGAUGGGCUGGGAGCGGUGGAUGGUGAUGGACAUGGAGGGGGGGAUGGCGAUGCACAUGGAGUGGUGGAUGGUGGCCCUCAGUCACCCCUUGCCCAAGGGUGUACGGGUUCAGGGGAUGAUGGGGAGUGCGGUGACGGCAGUUAUGGGGAGGGGAACAGCAUGCCCACAACACCUGCCAGCGCUAUGGCCCUGUGCCACUAGCUGGCAUCUCCAACAUGGCGUGGAGGGGUCCUUGGGGUGUGGGCUGUUUUCUUCUUCUUCUUGGAAUGGACAGAAUGGACAUGGAGCUGUUGGAGAGGAUCCAGAGGAGGCCACAAGGAUGCCCGGAGGGCUGGAGCACCUCUUCUAUGGAAAGAGGCUGAGAGAAUUGGGCUUAUUCAGUCUGGAGAAGAGAAGGCUCCAGGGACCAUGUCAACCUUCCAGUACUUCAGGGGAGCUUAUAAGCAGGAGAGGGAGUGACUUUUUGCACAGUCUGAUUGUGACAGGACAAGGGGGAAUGGUAUUUAACUAAAAGAGGGAAGAUUUAGGUUAGAUGUUAGGAGGAAUUUCUUUGCUCAGAGGGUGGUGAGGCACUGGAGCAGGCUGAACAGAGAAGCUGUGGU